CAACAACAGUUGUACUUGUAAACAAUUAAUUGAAUUCAAACUUGUGAAUUUUCAAUUAACACCGGCGCCCGUACGAACAAGAAGAUUUAUUGACAUCAUCUCGCCGGCGGUAAUCAAUAAAAUGGCCGGUUGUGAUGUCACCGGCGGUUGUCCUAGCGACUACGUUGCUCUUUCAGUCGCUAUCAUCUCCUUUAUACUCCUUUUACUGAGAUCAACGUUACCGUUUAUAAUUCACAAGGUUCCUAGACCUAAAGGAAGUAGUUUUUGGCUCCCAACAAUUCAGAUACUGGCUAGCUUCAAUCUUUUGUUGUCACUUGUGAUGUCUCUUCAUGUUGUGAGGUUUCACAGGAGGCAUUGGUGGCAAUCCUGUUAUCUUUGGGCAGUUUGGGUUAAUGGUCCACUAGGAUUUGGAUUGUUAUUGAGCUGUCGCCUUAUUCAAGCAGUCCAUCUGUACUGUGUAUUUAUCAAGAGGCGUUUAUUUCCUGUAAGAUCGUAUAUUAGUCUUCCACUUGCUCUUCUGCCCUGGGUUGCCUGGGCCGCAAUUCUUCACAUAAAACAGCCACUAAAUAACCGAUGUCACAUGGGGACUGAAUGGGCUGUUCCUUAUAUGGGAUUUCCUGUUUUAUACACUGCUGCUUUGGUUUGUGUUACUAAAGCCAUUCAUCAUAUUGAGUUCAAAUUUCAUGAGCUUAAAGACCUUUGGCGGGGCAUACUCGUAACUGUGUUUUCAAUUGGUGCAUGGGUGGUUUCUUAUGUUUUGCAUGAGACCCAUGAGGAGAUCAUGUGGCUGCAAGUCACCACCAGAUGUGUGCUUUUAGUUGUGGCAAGUUUUCUUGUGGUGGCUUUCUUCUCUAUUUCAUUCUCUCAACCUCUGGUGUCCCUUAUAAACAUAAACAAGAAGGAAAGCUUCAGUAUAAAGACAAUGGGGGAAGCUCUUGGCAUACAUGAUAGUGGUAUUUUGUCACAAGAUGAUCCGACUCUAGAUAUCGAUCCAAAUGAACCUUUGGAUAAACUUCUAUUAAACAAAAGAUUCCGUUUAUCCUUCAUGGAAUUUGCAGACAGCUGUUUGGCUGGAGAAAGUGUGCAUUUCUACGAUGAAGUACAACAGCUUGAAAAAAUAUCCGUAAAUGAUCCUGUUAAAAGAAUUUACAUGGUACGACACAUUAUCGAGAAGUACAUAAGCAUAGGUGCGCCUAUGGAGGUAAAUAUAUCUCACAAAACCCGACAAGAAAUUCUCACAACCGUUGAUCUUGCACAUCCAGAUCUAUUCAGAAACGCUGUCAAUGAGUUGCUGCAGUUGAUAAACAUGAACUUGGCAAAAGAUUAUUGGUCAUCCAUGUUCUUUCUAAAGUUCAAAGAAGAUUCCGCAAUGAGAAGUGUUGAUCAUGAACUUGAACAAGUAAACGGUUGGAAACAUUCUUUAAGACCGAGCUCGAUUCAUUGUCCUGGUGAUCCUUUCUACCAAGACCACAUUCCAAGGGACCCACCUAGCCACGAUGGUCAAGGUUCGUACCUGCAGUGAGUGCGUUAAAUUACAUAACCGUCGUUGUAUCUAUCUACGAUAGCCGCAUUCUGGCUAGACAUAACCUGGUAGCUGAUUCGUUAACCAUGGCCCAUGGGACCAUGGUGUCGGGUGGUUAACCCUUAAUAUGGUUACGGUUGGGUCCAUUGGGUUUGAUAAUCUUGUGGGGGUAGAAGCAUAUAUGGUGAGGGUACAGGCAAUCAACCUUGACACCAUCUAGAGUUGAUAAUUCUACACUUUUACCUUAAUAAGCUUCUUACACUUUGUAUAGUUCGUUAAGUUAGUUAGAUGAAUACUAUAGAAGCUUCUUACUCUUUGCAUAUAUACUAUCUUACACUAUAGAGUGCAAGUGGGCCACCAAAGCAAUUUAUAUUA